GUCUUUGGCAGAGGCUGCGAACUAAGCAAGAUGAGAAGGUUCCUCAGAGCAGGGCACGACCCCAUGAGGGAGAGGUUAAAGCGAGACCUGUUCCAGUUUAACAAGGGCUGCCAAGGAGGCCGGGGGAUCGGAAAGAAGAAAGGACAGUGAACUCUAACAUGCAGUAGUACUCCCGCGAUGCUAGUGCCUUCCCAUGCCAUGCCUGACUGUCCCUUCCUCCUGAAACUACCCCACAGGAAAAGACAGUGGAACAUGGCUUCCCACACCAGCCCAGCGCCCUCGGCUACAGCCCCUCAUUGCGCAUCCUGGCCAUCGGCACCCGCUCAGGAGCUGUCAAGCUCUUUGGUGCCCCAGGGGUGGAGUUCAUGGGACUCCACCGGGAGAACAACGCUGUGAUACAGAUUCACUUCCUGCCUGGCCAGUGCCAGCUGGUCACCCUGCUGGAUGACAACAGCCUGCACCUGUGGAGCCUGAAGGUCAAGGGUGGGGUGUCAGAGCUGCAGGAAGAAGAGAGCUUUGUACUGCGUGGCCCCCCAGGGGCUGCCCCCAGUGCCACACAGAUCACCGUGGUCCUGCCUCACUCCUCACAAGAGCUGCUCUACCUGGGUACCGAGAGUGGCAAUGUGUUUGUGGUACAGCUGCCAGGCUUCCGCCUGCUGGAUGACAGGACCAUCAGCUCUGAAGUCGUGCUGCAGUGGUUGCCAGAAGAGGCCCGCCACCGGCGAGUGUUUGAGAUGGUGGAGGCUCUGCAAGAACACCCUCGUGACCCCAACCAGAUCAUCAUCGGCUACAGCCGGGGCCUUAUUGUCAUCUGGGACCUUCAGGGCAGUCGUGUGCUCUACCAUAUCCUUAGCAACCAGCAACUGGAGAAUGUCAGCUGGCAGCGAGAUGGACGCCUCAUUGUCACCUGCCACUCUGAUGGCAGCUACUGCCAGUGGCCCGUAUCGAGUGACACCCAGCACCCAGAGCCCCUGCGCAGCUCCAUACCUUACGGUCCCUUUCCUUGCAAAGCUAUUACCAAGAUCUUCUGGCUGACCACCAAGCAGGGGUUGCCCUUCACCAUCUUCCAGGGCGGCAUGCCACGUGCUAGCUACGGCGACCGCCACUGCAUCUCAGUGGUCCACAACGGCCAGCAGACAGCCUUCGACUUCACCUCUCGUGUCAUCGACUUCACCGUUCUCACUGAGGCAGACCCUGCAGCAGCCUUUGAUGACCCCUACGCACUGGUGGUACUUGCCGAGGAAGAACUGGUGGUGAUUGACCUGCAAACAGUGGGCUGGCCACCGGUCCAGCCACCUUACCUGGCCUCCCUGCACUGCUCAGCCAUCACCUGCUCCCACCACGUCUCCAACAUCCCCCUGAAGCUUUGGGAGCGCAUCACUGCUGCGGGGAGCCGGCAGAACUCUCACUUCUCCACCAUGGAGUGGCCCAUUGAUGGUGGCACCAGCCUGGCCCCACCCCCACCCCAGAGGGACCUGCUGCUCACAGGGCAUGAGGAUGGCACGGUGCGCUUCUGGGAUGCCUCUGGUGUCUGCUUGCGGCUGCUGUACAAACUCAGCACAGUGCAGGUGUUCCUCACUGACUCAGACCCCAACGAGAACCUCAAUGCCCAGGGUGAGGAUGAGUGGCCCCCACUCCGCAAGGUGGGCUCCUUUGACCCCUACAGCGAUGAUCCCCGGCUGGGCAUCCAGAAGAUUUUCCUCUGCAAAUACAGUGGCUACCUGGCUGUGGCAGGCACAGCAGGACAGGUGCUGGUGCUGGAGCUGAACGACGAGGCGGCCGAGCACGCCGUGGAGCAGGUGGAGGCCGACCUGCUGCAGGACCAGGAGGGCUACCGCUGGAAGGGGCACGAGCGCCUGACUGCCCGCCCGGGGCCCGUGUGCUUCGAGCCAGGCUUUCAACCCUUUGUGUUGGUGCAGUGCCAGCCUCCGGCCGUGGUCACUUCCUUGGCCCUGCACUCCGAGUGGCGACUUGUAGCCUUUGGCACCAGCCAUGGUUUUGGCCUCUUUGACCACCAGCAGCGUCGGCAGGUCUUUGUCAAGUGCACUCUGCAUCCCAGUGACCAGCUGGCCAUGGAGGGCCCGCUGUCACGGGUGAAGUCCCUCAAAAAAUCCCUGCGUCAGUCCUUCCGCCGGAUGCGCCGCAGCAGGGUGUCCAGCCGCAAGCGACGUCCAGGUGCUCCCUCGGGAGAGGUGCAGGCCGCGAGCACCAAGGCUGAGCGGACGGGGCUGCACAACAUGGAGUUGGCACCUGUGCAGCGCAAGAUCGAGGCCCGCUCUGCCGAGGACUCCUUCACAGGAUUUGUUCGGACCCUCUACUUCGCUGAUACCUACCUGAGGGACAGCUCCCGUCACUGUCCCUCACUGUGGGCUGGUACCAAUGGGGGUACCGUCUACGCCUUCUCCCUGCGUGUGCCCCCUGCAGAGCGCAGAAUGGAUGAGCCAGUGCGGGCUGAGCAAGCCAAGGAAAUCCAGCUGAUGCACCGUGCCCCUGUGGUGGGUAUCCUGGUGCUUGACGGACACAGUGUACCCCUUCCCGAGCCCCUGGAAGUAGCCCAUGACCUGUCAAAGAGCCCAGACAUGCAGGGGAGCCACCAGCUGCUUGUGAUAUCAGAGGAACAAUUUAAGGCAUUCACACUGCCCAAAGUGAGCGCCAAGCUGAAGCUGAGGCUGACUGCCCUGGAGGGCUCACGGGUCCGGCGGGUGGGCGUGGCCCGCUUUGGCAGCUGCCGCUCUGAGGACUACGGGGAGUACCACCUGUCAGUCCUCACCAACUUGGGUGACAUCCAGGUGGUCUCGCUGCCCCUGCUCAAGCCCCAAGUGCGGUACAGCUGCAUCCGCAGAGAGGACGUCAGUGGCAUCGCCUCCUGUGUCUUUACCAAACAUGGCCAAGGUUUCUACCUGAUCUCACCCUCAGAGUUUGAGCGUUUCUCUCUCUCCACCAAAUGGCUGGUUGAGCCCCGGUGUCUGGUGGAUUCAGCCAAAACCAAGAAGUACAGUUGCCCCAGCAAUGGCAAUGGCAUGGGUCCUAAGAGGACCUCGGACCAAAUCAGGAACUCGGACAGCCAGAGCGAUGCUGAGGAGAAGAAGCCUGGCCCAGUGAUGGAGCACGCAUUGCUCAAUGACGAACGAGUCUUGAAGGAAAUCCAGAGCACUCUGGAGGGGGACCGAGGGAGCUAUGGCAAUUUACGUUCUCACCGAGUGGCCGGGGGAUGCAGCCUCAGCCGCGGGGAAGCAGAGUGAACGGGGCCGGCUGGCAUCCAGGCUGUGAGAUGAGCACACACUACUGAGGGCCUUUCUGCAGGGCCUGCCCCGGCCAGAGAGGUCCAAGCAUGGCCAGGCCAGGGACUGCCAGCAUCCCGGGCGCCAUCCUGUUGCUGCUGGCUUCAAGAGAGGAAGGCCCUACCCCUGGGCUGCCCCUCCUGGGGCCUUGUCUGUCUUGGUCCUUUUGUCAGUGUUGCACAGUUUUUAUUCCUCCGUCCCCCUCCCCCCGCCUUUUGUAGUGGGCUGGGUUUUAAAUUAUAAAUUUCAACUGCCUCUGAGUGAACAUUUUUAAUAAAUACCUUAUUACCUCU